CGAUCGCAUCGAGAGGGCUGGUCGUGCGAAGGACCCAGAGCAGCGGCAACAGCAACAGCUGGACAACGGCCAGUCUGCUGGGCCCCUUUCUUCUUCAAAGAGCACUUUGUACUCGAACGCCUUCCAAGUCCCGGUCGGUGACCUCCUGUCUCAGUGGGAAAUCAUGCGCACGCAACUCUUUGGUACGGGGGGAGCGACAGUCAGCGGUCUCUUCAGCGCCGGACCCGUCGGGCAGCGCCGCCUCUCCUCGCCCCGCCCCACAAUCUCGCCAUCCGAUUAUUCUCAAAACGCUGUCGGCGACGGGGCCACGACUAGUGCCGUUGGGAGGGAUAGCAACCAACCGCCGCUCGACCGGCGAGAAUCGUCCCGCAGGCCCGAAGAGAUUGCCAAGGGUGCCGUGUCUGGGUUUGGUGGGGAGUGGGGUAAGGCCGUCUUGCGGAGCCCCGUGCUGGCCUCCGUCGCGGAGUCGCUGGCCCCCGCGCGCAGCACUCACGAGAUGAGUGACUUCAUGACCAAGAUGAAAGGGGUGGAGUUUCCCCGUGACCCAAUGAGAGAACCGGGGCCUGACGAGCACAUGCGGCAGGCUGGGGGGUUCCAGCGGCUGAUGGCCGCAACAACGUUCGAGAGUCCCUUCGCCAAGAAGAACAAGAAGAAACUGGGCAUCGACUAUAGCCCGCUAGAACUAGACGAGGCGGCGAACGAGUCUGCGGUUUUGGACAUGGAGGACGAAGAAGACGAGGCAGCAGCAAAUGCUAAGAACGACAAAAACGCCGCUGGAACAAAGGUGGGCGACAACCAAGCCCCCGACAAUCCUGCACCCGGCGCCUCCGCUGCCGCCGACAGUAGUUCCUCUGCGGCGGGGGGAGGAAACGAUGAGGCGACCUCCUCCUCCUCCUCCUUUUCCUCCUCCCCGUCUUCCGGGGGUACGGCAGACGGGAACCAACCCGGCGGUGGCGCCGGAGGGGGAGGCAUGAAACGCAUGUCGAGCUUCACGCGGAAGAUGCUCCCCAAGCUCGUGGCCACGCGAGGGAGGCACAAGAUGGGCAGGGACAGGGGGCAGCCGGCGGCGGCGGCGGCCGCGGCGGCUGGUGCUGCUGCCAGGCGGGGUGACGCAGCGGGGGCGAACGGGUCUACCGGCCACCAACGGCCUCCGGACGUGCCGCCGCCGCCGCCGACACCGGGGACGGCGGCAACAGCAGGCGUCAAAAGCGCAAGGGACCUUGAGAUGGAACAGCAGCAGCGUCGAAGAGAGGACCUGGACUUGGUGCCGCCCAUGUCUCCGGCUCUCGCGGUGCCGCGCACGCCCGACUGCUCACCGCCCGCUUCCCCGGCGUACCACGAAGCCGAGCCCGUCUUCGAGGAAGACUCUCGCUACGAAGCCGGCGUGGAGAAGGGCGAGGUUGCGGCGUCGAAAAAAAGUGAUCCUUCCCCUUCUUCCCCUGUGUCGGCCAUGGAGGAGGAGAAGGAGGAGGAGGAAGAGGAAGAGGAAGAGGCGGGGGGGAUAGAACCGUCAGAUGGUAACCUUGCUACGGCUCCCGCCCCCGCCGCCCCUGCCCCCGCCGCCCCUGCCCCGGCCGUCCCCGCCCCCGCCUCGAGCAGCACUACCGGUACGAGCGUCUCGAGUCACGACAACGGUCGGCCAGCAAGUGCAGACAACGGUACGAACGGGUACUCGGCUUCGUUUGAGAAGACGCCCCAAGCUAUCGCUAUCGCUGGCAUCCCGGCCCCAUCGGCGGCGGUGGCGGCAGCGGUAGCGGCGGCGGCGGCGGCAGCGGCGGCGGCGGCCAAGGCGGCGGCAGCGGCGGCGGCAGCACCCAAGCCUGCGCACGCGGAGAGCAACGGGAGCGGCGCAGGAGAACCAGAGCCGGUGCCAGUGCCAGUGCCAGUGCCCCGAGCACCGGUGACUCCGAAGCCACAGACGCCGACCCCUCCCCGGCCUCGACCGCCGCCUCCGAGACCGCCGCCGCCGAAGCCCUCGCCUUCUUCUGCUACAGCCACAUCGCCGCCACUCACAUCAAAAGGGCCAGCUGCAACCACAGCAGGGCCAAGCUUUGCUCCCACCAAGUCUCCGGCUACGCAGGCCCGACAGGCACCGCCCAAGCCGCGCCCGCCGCCCCCGAGACAGCCUCCACCGUCUGCUCCGGCGGCGGCGGCGGCGGCGGCGGCGGCAGCUGCUACCGCUACCACCGCUGACGCGGCGGACACUCGAGCCGCGACGUUUACACCGACUACGUCGCCGGCUGCCAAGUUUACUCCCACCGCCUCCCCGGCGACGUUCACGCCCACCGCUUCUCCGGCUACCUUUACCCCGACAGCAUCUCCUGCGACUCGUAACGUGGGGGGUGCACCGGCGUUUGCACUUACGUCGUCUCCGGCGUCUAGGGCCAAUGUCGGUUCUCCUUCGGCGUCGGGGACUCCGCAAAAUUCGGCGUUACCGUUUACGAGGGGUCCUAUCCCUAGCAACGGCGCCGCAGGGGAAGAGAGGGGCGGGAGACUAGGUUCUGGUUCUGGUUCUGGUUCGGGAUCGGGUUCGUCUUCGUCUGCCGGUGUGACUGCGGGGAGACCUUUGGUGGGCUCUAGCGAGCAACAGCAGCAGCAGCGACUAGCGGGGGGGAUCGGACAUAUUGGGAACGCCAAUGGCGGCGAAAGAGGCGUUGGUACGGCACCGGGGGCUGGAUCGAUGGGUACCAGAGGUUCGGCGGAGGAGACGAGGGCAAGAAAACGCCCACGGGAAGAGCAAGAACAGAAGACACUGAGUCCGCACGACUAUGUUCUCCCCGAUGGAUGGAUGGUGGCACGCUCGAAGAGAGAAAACCGGGACUACUUCUUCAACAGGCGGAACAAUUCCACACAGUGGCAUCCCCCCGAAGGCAGUCGGCGAAGAAAUGCGUAGCAUCUUGGGCGAAGAGUGGAGCAGCACCCCCCCCCCUGCUGUUGUCGACAUUAACAAGAAGUUUUUUUGUGCUGGCGGGCGGUGGCGCCGGGGAUGAAAGUAUGUCGGAUACUACUCAUGUGCUGGUGCUACGGGUUGCUGACUUGUACAGUCGGGCCAAGCAUGCGAAUGUAGUUUUGAGGUUUUGGCGGGAGAUCUUGGAUCGAUCGAUCGGUAGGGUGCCCAAGGACUAGCAUGCCUCGCUUCCCUCAUGUAACUAACGCGGUGCGAGGAGCCUGCAGCGGUGAAGCUUGAAGUUUGUUGCUGACUUUUUGGUGUUUCAUGUCUAUGCCCUGUCAAGGUGACCAUCACGUCAAGGGCCAACGAAGCUGAACCUGCUCAGACUGCCAUUUUUCCCCUUCCUGUCGUCGAGCGCCCUCUAUCUCGCAAGAUAGGCGUUCGGGACGGACUAGGUUCUUGUCAGUUGUGGUGUAUGUGCGCCUCGUUCUCUGCAGGCAGUCGUUUGCGUACGUGCAGGUGUUGUCCAAGGAAGGUGUUUCAUUGCUACGCUGCGAAUACUCAAUACUCAUGUUUACACGUCGCUGCUUAAAAUAGUGCUAAAAACGUUCCCUAACCCGUGUACAGCUCUCGAAAUGGUGGUAGCACGUAGCCGCAGAGAGGUCUUCAGAGCGAGUCUUACGAGACCUGUCUUGUCUAAUGUGUAGAGUUUGGUGAACGUGAGUUUCGGAGGUAUGGCUGAGGGGUAGAGAAUCGAGGGCUUGCCGGUGGUCGGAAGUGUGUUUGGGACUACAAAGCUUAAGCAUUCCAACGUUCCUUCCGAGACACACACGCACAUCGUCCGGUGGCCGACUUUGGUGAUG